AUUAGGGUUUUGUUAGAGUGAAAGUAAUAUAAAACCAACACCUUCACUAAACUAGACAGCUUAAACCCUUUCUUCUGCAUCUCUAGCCGGUCGUCGUCGUCAUCAGUAAUUGAAAAUGUCGACAGUUCCAGGGCAGUUGAUAUGGGAGAUUGUCAAGAAGAAUAAUUGUUUUCUCGUGAAGGAAUUUGGCAGAGGCAACGCUAGCGUUCAAUUUAGCAAGGAGAGUAACAAUUUGUACAAUCUCAACUCCUAUAAGCACUCAGGUUUGGCAAACAAGAAGACUGUUACUAUUCAGCCUGCAGGUGACAAAGAUCUGUCAGUUGUGCUUGCGACGACGAAGACUAGGAAGCAGAACAAGCCUGCUAGUUUGCUGCAUAAGUCUGUUAUGAGGAAGGAGUUUCACCGUAUGGCUAAGGCUGUAAGCAAUCAGGUUGGAGAUAAUUACUACAGGCCAGAUUUGAAGAAAGCCGCCCUUGCUAGACUUAGUGUUGUUCACAGGAGCCUUAAGGUUUCAAAAUCGGGUGCCAAGAAGAAAAACAGACAGGCUGUUUAGAUCUUGGUAGAAAGUGAGAUUUUAAAGAAUAUUUGAGAAACAAAACUAGGAAGUGUUGUUUUUUCCUUUUUUGCUCUCUUUUCAUGAUAAGUAAUUGUUUUGUUUUACUUGAGAAUGAAAUCCUUGGUUUUAGUUUGCA